AUGGCGUCCCGGCCCACCAUCAUUCGCCCUGUCCCAGUGCAUUCCCGCACCCCGAUCCCCCUCUGCUCCCGAUCUGAACUCGCCGCCGGCCGCCUCCCGCCUGCCUCCGUGCUCCGUGCCUCGCCGAUAUGUACAUGGGCUGAUAAUAAUAUCAUGACAAUAUUUGUUACCAGUUUGCAGCCUGUGAGAGAAACACGUGAAAAGCAAGUGCAGCUAUGGAAAGAGCUGAUACUUGAUUACUGUAGAAGUCAAAAGAUGUAUAUAAUCUCCCUGGAAGAAGAUUUUCCGUUGUUCUCCAAUACAAAGAUUGAGAGAUCUCUAAGCUAUGAAGCAAAGGAAGCUUUCCUUGCAGCUCUUGUUAGUGAAGGUCGCGCAGAGUGGAUGGACAAAGGUCACAAGAAGUGUCUCAUCCUUUGGCUGCGGAUUCAAGAUUGGGCUAACUACAUAUUAGACUUUGUCAAGGAAAAUGGGUUGGAAGUAACAACAAUUGAAGAUAUACGUUCUGGAAUUGAAACACAUGGGACCGAACUUGCGGGGAUUGAUCGCGGUGUCCUGAUGCGAGCUUUGAGGCUGUUGGAACAAAAGGGAAAGGCGGUUAUCUUUAAGGGCACUUCAGCGGACGAUGAAGGCGUCAAAUUUUCUGUUUAA